AUGGGGUCCAGCACUAAUGCUACUGUUAAGGUCCCUGUAUCAACAAGUCCACCAGACUCAGAAGAACAGCUAGGAGCCCUAGGCUUUAAUUAUUGGAAGCUUAUGGGAGACAAUGAAUGCAUGGUAAAAUCAAAUAUCAUCAAUUGGAUAUCCUGCAGUCAGGCUGGGGGAAGUAUUAUGGAAGAAGAUAAGGAUGGUCCAAUCAGGUGUAAAGUGAUCAAGGUUAUUUCAACUGACUUCCCAGAGUGUAAAGAUGUCACGCCUACAGAGGUGCACUGGCAUGAAUGGUGUGGCCCAGACCUGCAAAUUGAUGGCACUGAUUACCUUCAGUUUGAUGCCAACUCUGUCGGAUGCAAUCCUACCUGUACGUGGGAUCCAUGUGGGCAAGGCCAAGAAACAAGAUAUGUUAAAGGUGUUGACUUUCCACAUGGCAACGUCUACGUCCGUUGAUAGACUGCUAAUGAAACCAACAGAAAUCAUAACAGCAAAAAACUAUUGAAUUGAAAUAAUCAUCUACGAGAAAGUUAACUCUUCUGUCCUGUACA